UUUACUUGUACUUCAUAUUCAUAACUCAUAAGACUAGUAGAUUUAUAUGCAGAAAGCUAAAGGUGGUUUGAUUGGUAAAUGAUCUAGGCUUGAAUGAUACAUAAAUAUAAAGAAGAGAAAUCAUGGGUUAUGGAUAUCAGAUCCUCUGCAUGAUGUUCUUGAUAAUCUUCAUGUUCAUUUCAUUGCAUUUUUCCCACUUUUUGAUUCCUGGUGCUAUCCUGAAUGCACCAUCUUAUUUCGAUAUUCGAAGUCUCCAUGGAGGAGGCAAGGGAAGUUAUCAUCCUACUAGAAAUGCAGGAGAGGAUACUAAAAGCUUGAAUUUGGGGAAAUUCAGAGCUUUGCUUGGCCUAAGGAGCUUCAGCAUUCGAAAAGAAUCAUAUUAUAAAGCUAAAUGCCCCAUUGGUGGUCCUGCUCCAGCUCCUGCUCCAGCAUUGCCUCAUCAAGUAUAUUCUCAUCGUUAUCAUCAUCAUCCAUCACCGCGGCCUCAGCCUCUGCCCCGUGUCACAGUACCAUUUCGCAAGAUUCACAAGGAUAAUGAAGGAAAAGGUAGGGGUAGAAGAACUUUGGUUGCAAUCCUUGUGUCUACUAGUGCCACAUUUGUGCUAUGUGGGAUUGGCCUCAUAUGGGGAUGCCAGAAGUUCAGGAAAAAGAAGAAAUCAAGAAGCACGGUGUCGAUAGUACAUAGCAUUGAAGGAGGGACACAAAGUGAAUCAAAGUAUGUUUUUGCUUCUCACAGUUCAGUGUCAAAGGUAACUUCUCAUCCGAGCCCUCGCCUUUUAUACCUUGAUUCUGUAAGGAGUGCUUUAGAACCACAACCUUUUACCAUCAAACAAAGUUUUCUUAAUGUAAAUGCAUCUCCAAUUCAUACAACACCUUAUGGGAAACAUUGUGAAGUCGCAGAAUUAGAGAACGCGUCAGAUUCUGUUAUUACAGUCGCAGAAUUAGAGAACGCGUCAGAUUCUGUUACUGCAGAAAGUUCUGCUGUUGGAGAAAUUGUAUCAGUAAAUGAAACUGAUGAAUUACUUAAGCAUGAUGUUGACAGUAGCUCUAAACUUAGUGCAAUAAAUAGUACUGAUGAAGCUCAUACGUCUGAUGACGAGUCCUUCCAUUCUCUAUGCAAUUCACAUUCAUCAAGUGCAAGAUUCUCCAACGCUUCAGAGGGUAAUAGUGAUACUUCUGAAAUAGAAUCCUUGUACGUGUCAAAAGCAUUAACCUCCCCAAUGAACUUCCAUAUCUCAUCACCUGCUCCUCUUUUGAAAUCACCGUCAAGUCCUCCCCCACCACCACCACCACCGCCUCCACUCAUUCACACACAUAAAUCUCCUUCAGAAAAGGCAUCUAUGAACCUGAGUUCUGCUAAUAAGCCUAACUUAUCAUCACCUAGAACUUCAUGUUCUUCUUCUGGAUCUAAUCAAACCCCAAGAAGCGAUUUGCCACCAUCCCCUCAUGACCAUCCCAAAGUGUCCACCGGAAUUCCUCAACCACCAAUCCCUCCUCCACCUACAAAAGAAUAUGGAAACUCAUUAAAAGGUCCUCCACCACCACCACUUCCACAACAAACUCCACUGAGCAAAGAUGGUGUCCCAUUAGCAAAGCUGAAACCACUUCACUGGGACAAAGUUAGAGCUGUGUCUGAUCAUUCAAUGGUAUGGGACAAGCUGAGAUCAAACUCAUUUGAGUUUGAUGAGAAAAUGAUUGAGUCACUCUUUGGUUACAAUCUGAAGAAUUCAAUGAAGAAUGAUGACACAAAGAGCAAAAGUCCUUCUCCAAGCAAGCAUGUUCUCGAGCCCAAACGGCUGCAAAAUAUUACCAUACUUUCUAAAGCCUUGAAUGUGACUACUGAACAAGUCUGUAAUGCACUUGUGCAAGGUGCUGGAUUGUCUUUGCAACAACUAGAGGCACUGAUUAAGAUGGAACCCACUAAAGAAGAAGAGGCCAAUCUUUCAAGCUAUAAUGGAGACAUCAACCAAUUAGGUUCAGCAGAGAAAUUUGUGAAGAUAAUGCUCAACAUACCUCAUGCAUUUAUGAGGAUCGAAGCCAUGCUUUACAAAGAAACCUUUGAAGAUGAAGUUGAUCAUCUGAGGAAGUCCUUCUCAAUGUUAGAGGAUGCCUGCAAGGAACUGAGAUCAAGCCGGCUCUUCCUUAAGUUACUCGAGGCAGUGCUGAAAACAGGGAACAGGAUGAAUAUUGGAACAAUCAGGGGCGGGGCCAGAGCAUUUAAGCUAGACACCCUCCUAAAGCUUGCAGAUGUUAAAGGAACAGAUGGAAAAACCACAUUGCUUCACUUCGUUGUCCAGGAGAUCGUACGGGCAGAAGGACUCAAAAUUUCAGAAAGCAUCAUCGGAAAGAUUAACAAUCAGAAAAUCAGGAGCAAGAAUGUUGAAGAUCGAGAAGAAACUUACAGAAAAAUGGGCCUUGAUCUUAUUUCUGGUUUGUCAACGGAGUUGUUCAAUGUCAAGAAGACGGCUACUGUUGAUUUAGAUGUCAUUGCAAGCUCAGUUUCAAACUUAUCAGAUGGAAUGACAAAGUUACAGCAUUUGGUGAACAAGGACUUGACAGAAGAGGAAAAAAGUAGUAAAUUUGUGCAGGUAAUGAGAUCAUUCCUAAAUUGUGCAGAGAAGAACUUGAAGGAGUUGCAAGUAGAUGAAAGUAGAGUCUUCUUACAUGUUAGAGAGAUAACCGAAUAUUUCCAUGGAAACGUAAGCAAAGAUGAGGCAAAUCCUCUUCGUAUAUUUGUGAUUGUUAGAGACUUCUUAGGUAUGCUGGAUCACGUCUGCAAGGAACUAAGAAGCUUUAAAGUUCCAAGUUCUCCAAAUCCUCUAGCACCAUUCCGCUAGAAUAGACAGACACAUUAUGAUUUGAUUUAAGUAGAUCAGGUUUCUCCUUUGUGUGUUUAUACUUCCACUUUUGUAA